GAGUCUAAGGCAUUGCGCUGAACUACACGUGAACGUGUAGAUUUUGCGGCGAACCCACCUCUUAAGAUUCGACCUCUGCUCCCAACUCAAGCACUUCUCAAGUUGCGCCGUAGCUACCUCAAGGUUGACAGUUCCAACGUAAAACUCCACCUCACACUAUGGCAUCCGAUGGCCUCAUGUCUCCGCGCUCCACGAAGCGGUCGCGCUCAGAGAUGGAAGUAGACGACGCAAAACCUGUGAAUCCUCCCGCUAACGAAGACGAUGAUACCUCCUCAGACGACGACGACUUCGGCCCCGCGCUUCCCUCCACAGCCCCGAAGAAGAAACGCCGCAAGCUUCCCUACGAAAAGCUCUACGUCGCCGCUCUCCCCACCGCAGGUCGCUAUGUCAAAUCUUUGAUGCACAGAGACCAGUUAUCAUUCACGGUCUUCACCCCACAUACCGACUUUCUAAUUACCUCUUCUGUCGACGGUGUCGUAAAGUUCUGGAAGAAGGAUCUCGGCGGAAUCGAGUUCAUAAAGGAGUUCCGUGCUCAUAAUGGCGAGAUCAGAAGCGUGAACGUGAGCGCAGACGGGCGGAGCUUUGCCACAGCGGGUGCGGACAAGACGAUCAAGAUCUUUGACGUGGUUACGUUUGAUCUAUUGGCUAUGUUGACGCUAGAGUAUGCGCCGAAGUGUGUGUGCUGGGUACACGGGCGCGGAGCUUCGUUCCCACAGCUAGCGGUUUCGGAUGAGGAGAGCUCAUGGAUACGAAUAUAUGACGGACGAGGCGAAAACCAGGAGCCGCUGCACAUUGUGAAAAGCUUGCAUCGGAGGCCGGUGCAUCUCAUGGCCUACAACAACGAGUAUGACUGCGUGGUGUCUGCAGAUGAGGGAGGAAUGGUCGAAUAUUGGAGGGCAAGCGGGACCUAUGAGAAACCGGAUAACGUAUUCGAGAUCAAGAGCUCUACCAAUCUAUUCGAUUUUAAGAAGUCAAAAUCCGUGCCUUCAUCAAUCACAAUGUCACCAACGGGACACCAAUUCGCAACUAUGUCUUUCCCUGAUCGAAAAAUUCGAAUAUUCGACUUUGCCUCUGGCAAGCUAUAUCGAACCUAUGACGAGUCAAUCGAGACCAUUAGCGAGAUGCAGCAAGCCGGAACUGCAAUCCAAACCCUCGAAGACGCCGAAUUCAACCGCAAACUGGCAAUUGAGAAAGAGCUGGACACCGCUGCCGUCCGGAGUCGCAUCAAUGUCAUCUUUGAUGAGACUGGUCAUUUCAUCCUCUAUGGCUCGAUUCUCGGAACAAAAGUCCUCAACACACUCACUAACAGGGUGGUAAAGGUGUAUGGGAAAGACGAACCAUUCAGGGCCCUGAACCUGGCCCUUUACCAAGGCCAACCAGAGAAAAAGGGGCUUGUCACUGUCGCCAUGGCAGCUAGUGACAACCCGUUGCUUCAGGAGGCCGAAGCGCGUGACGCCAUGCUUGUCUCCACAGGCUCCGGCAAAGUCCGCUUCUACAUGUUCACGAACGAUCCAAACGCGUCAAAAUCCGAGCGCGACGUCCAAAACGAGAAACCCCGCAACAUCAACGCCAAGCAGCAAGCCGAAACUAAACUCGCCGCAACAGGCACCUCCGCCAUCAUCCAUACCACCUACGGCGACAUCCACAUCCGCCUCUUCCCCGAAGCCGCGCCCAAAGCCGUCGAGAACUUUGUCACACACGCUAAGAACGGCUACUACAACAACAUCAUCUUCCACCGCGUGAUCCGCAAGUUCAUGAUCCAGACGGGCGACCCUAUGGGCGAUGGGACCGGCGGCGAGAGCAUUUGGGGCAAGGAGUUCGAGGAUGAGUUUUCGACGCUGCGGCAUGAUAAGCCGUACACUGUUAGUAUGGCGAAUGCGGGGAGGAAUACGAACGGGAGUCAGUUCUUCAUCACGACCGAGAAGGCUCCCUGGCUUGACGACAAGCACACGAUCUUCGGACGAGCGAUUCAGGGGCUGGACGUCGUGCACAAGAUCGAGAAUACGAGGGUGUACAAGGAGAAGCCGGAGGAGGACAUCAAGAUCAUAAACAUCGAUGUGGUGUAAUUGGCUGCACCUCACCGCUUCUUGGUCUGUUUGUAGUUGCUCCAAGCUCCAAAGCCAGUAGCCACAGCGUCCAAUAGACUUUAUUCUCUGAAGC